AUGUUAACAUUGAAUAGACUAAUAACUCCAAAGAAAUUAAAUCCAAGAAUAAUAAGAUCAUUGUCAGUGACUUCAUCUUUAGGACUUGAAAAACCUUCAUUAACAUUUUUCACCAAGAAAACUUGUAUGUUGUGUACUAAUGCUCAUCAAGUUUUAAAUGAUACUUUACAUAAUGAGUCAUUGAAACAUAAGGAUAUAGAUUUGAAAAUCAUUGAUAUCAUGAAUCCAGAGAAUCAAAAAUGGUUUGAUGUGUAUUGUUAUGAUGUACCAGUGUUACACGUCGAUAGAGAAAGUCAAAAGAAACCAGUUAAAUUCAUGCAUUAUUUAUAUGAAGAUAAGUUAUUAGAGGAAUUCAAUAAAGAAUGA